GUGCGGCUGCUUUGACACUGCAGUCGCCUGCUGCAGACUGCGGAUCACACAGGGUGACCAUAGGUGCUCACUGGGUGUCAAAAAUGGUGAAAAUAACGACAGUGAAGACCAAGCCGUACACGGACCAGAAGCCUGGGACGAGCGGUCUGAGGAAGAGGGUGACAGUGUUUCAACAGAACCAGCACUAUGCGGAAAACUUCAUCCAGAGCAUUAUCUCUGUCAUUGAGCCUGCCGAGCGUCAGGCUGCCACCGUGGUGGUGGGAGGAGACGGCAGGUUUUUCAUGAAAGACGCUAUUCAGCUGAUCGUCCAGAUUGCUGCCGCUAACGGGAUUGGUAAUCUGGUUAUUGGUCAGAAUGGCAUCAUGUCCACCCCGGCAGUCUCCUGUGUGAUCCGCAAGAUAAAGGCAGUGGGCGGCAUCAUCCUCACAGCCAGUCACAACCCUGGAGGCCCCAACGGAGACUUUGGUAUCAAAUAUAACAUCUCCAGUGGAGGUCCUGCUCCAGAGGGCAUCACAAACAAAAUAUUUGAGAUCAGCAAAGGCCUGCAGGAGUAUCACAUCUGUCCGGAUCUGAAAGUGGAUCUGUCCAAAAUCGGAAAACAGACCUUUGAGGUGGAAACUUUCAAACCCUUCACAGUGGAGAUUGUUGACUCUGUGGAGGCCUACGCUGAGAUGCUAAGGGGCAUCUUUGACUUUGCUGCACUGAAAGAGCUUCUCUCUGGUCCCAACCACAUUAAUGUCCGCCUGGAUGCCAUGCACGGAGUGGUCGGUCCUUAUGUGAAGAAGAUUGUCUGUGAAGAGCUUGGAUCUCCAGCUAACUCUGCAGUGAACUGUGUCCCUAAGGAGGACUUUGGAGGACACCAUCCUGACCCCAAUUUGACCUAUGCUGCUGACCUGGUCAACGCCAUGAAAGGUGGAGAGUAUGACUUUGGAGCUGCCUUUGAUGGUGAUGGUGACCGUAACAUGGUACUGGGUAAACAUGGCUUUUUCGUGAACCCCUCAGACUCUGUGGCCGUCAUUGCUGCCAACAUCACCGGCAUCCCUUACUUCCAGAAGACUGGUGUGAAAGGACUGGCCCGCAGUAUGCCCACUAGUGGAGCCCUGGACAAUGUGGCUAAAGCUCUUCAGAUGCAGCUGUAUGAGACUCCAACCGGCUGGAAGUUCUUUGGGAAUCUGAUGGAUGCUGGAAAACUUUCACUGUGUGGAGAGGAGAGCUUUGGCACAGGUUCCGAUCAUAUCCGUGAAAAAGACGGCUUGUGGGCGGUGCUUGCAUGGUUGUCAAUCUUGGCCACCAGGAAACAGAGUGUGGAAGAGAUCAUGAAGGAUCACUGGCAGAAGUUUGGCAGGAACUUCUUCACAAGGUAUGACUAUGAAGAGGUCGACUCUGAUGCUGCCAACAAGAUGAUUAAGGAUCUGGAGACGGCAAUGUUUGACCCGUCCUUUGUAGGAAAGAAGUUUUCCUCAGGGGAUAAGACAUAUGAGGUGGCUAUCGCUGAUAACUUCGCCUACACAGACCCUGUGGAUGGAAGUGUGUCCAAAAACCAGGGUUUGAGGAUCAUCUUUUCUGAUGGUUCUCGGAUUAUUUUCCGUCUCAGCGGUACUGGCAGCGCGGGGGCAACAAUCAGGCUCUACAUUGACAGCUAUGAGAAGGAUCUCCAGAAGAUCUACCAAGACCCACAGGUGAUGCUAGCCCCUCUGGUUGAUAUUGCCCUGAAGGUCUCUCAGCUCCACGAGAGAACUGGACGCUCUGGCCCCACUGUGAUCACAUGAUUCCUCUGCCACACUGCCUCUAACCCCACCGUCCUCAGCAACAGGAUACCUCCACUCUCUCUGGGGAUGAAGCUGCUCUUCACUGCUGUUUUGGCUUCAGUCUCAGGCCCUCUAGACAAAAAACUAAACUCAACAUGCAAAUGGAGAACAAGGAGAAACAUGAGGAGCUUUUGGUUUGUUUGUAUUAGACAUUUACCACUGCCAUUAUCUGGUGUUUAAGUGUUGAUGUGCUGCCUCCUUGUCGAAUUUAUAACAAAAAAUGCUAUGCAUCAGAAAAACUUGAGUUGUUUGUCACCAAAGUCUCAUGAUUUAUUAAUGUGUUUCAAGGAAAACAUGAAAAGUUUAAAUGUGGACUGGAAAGCUUGACUUGAAUGUGCCUGAUGUCAUUUCUCAAUCAAUGUUAUUGUCCAGAUCUGUUCCUGAAACAUAUCAUUAAGCAGAGGACCUGCCAGACUGGUCAUAAAUCAGCAAUCUGGGGCAACCUCAUCCCCUUCACGUUUCCCUUAACCGACCUGGUGCCUUCCCCUCCCCUCUAAUAUCUAUCUUCAAGACCUGAACCAUGAACUGACACAUCCAGCAUUAAUAAAAUAACCCACAUAAAAGGAAA